UAUACAAUUAACCAUUCUGGUGGACAUAUACAUAUUUCCAAUACAUAUUUCCUCUGUAUUAUUUUAGAGUUUGAUUUACAUGAAACAAGUUUGAUUUACAUGAAAAAACUUACAGGUCCUCAACCAUAGAUUGAACGACAGUGCUUGAAGAUCAACUUACUAGCACAAUCCCGUAGCUCAGCGAAUAGUGUAAUCAAGCACAAAGCCUCCCGUUUUCAAUCAUUUACUCACUUCCGUUUGAUUACAUUUAAAAGUGAAAAACGAAACCAGAAUGGUUUUCAACCAUAAAAAAUUGAAAAACGAAAGGUUCAGAAGUUCGACUAUCUUCUUGAAGAAAUGUCAGGUUAUUAGUGAAGUGUUAUACAUUAUCUUAACGCAGAAAAUAUGUGAAUUACAGUUGCUGGUUCUGGAACUGGAGGUCAUCAUCCAGCUGCUCCGGGCGGAGGGACAGCGUUUCCAGGUGCAAUUCAAGGCGGCCUAAGCGACUUCGCAGGUACUGGUCUAGUAUUUCCAUGGGCGACGAACGCACGUGGAAAGCCACGCAGAGGGAUGAUGCGGAGAGCAGUUUUCUCGGAUCUUCAAAGGCGUGGCCUUGAGAAGAGGUUUCAGAUACAAAAGUACAUCAGCAAGCCGGAUCGCAAGAAACUCGCUGAGAAGCUGGGUCUCAAGGAUUCUCAGGUGAAAAUUUGGUUUCAAAAUCGGAGGAUGAAGUGGAGGAACAGCAAAGAGAGAGAACUAUUGGCAACAGGUGGCUCACGAGAGCAAACAUUACCAAACAAGAACAAUCCAAAUCCGGACUUAAGCGAUGCUGAUGGGGAUAGACCAAGAAUGGACUUGAGCGACGUCAGUCCUUUGACGAGUCCUCAGCGACCUGAGGAGCAAACAGAGAAUGAGGAGGAUGAAGAGAUCAAUGUCACGUGAUAAAAUUUGAUCCAACAUCCUGGCAGGGACAUGUUUGUUCAACAAAAUAGUUCACAAUGAAUGCUCGAGGAUUCGCGAACAGGGAGCAAGGUGGAGGAAGAGAGUAUGGCUAAUGAACCACCUCCCAUAUAGCUUCUAAUCAGAAGAUGCCAAUGUUUCCAUUCGAUAGAAUGUUGUCUUAGACACGAUACAGAGUACUUUUACAAAGAUAAAACUCCUUUGUUCUGAAUACAUUUCCUAAGUAGUAUCACUGAGAAUGAAGCUACAAUAUUAAUAGCAAUAUCGAUAGUAAUAUGUGGUUAAAUUAGAAAUGAGAUUCAAGUAUGAACUUGGUCAAUCCAUCUUAAUUUUUCCACUGCCUAAGACUAGAAUAAAUUACCUUAGUACAGAUACAUCUUAGGUACUACCCUAAUGGGAACCAUCUGUUUAAUUUGCUUAGGACUUACUCCAAUCUAAAAGUAUGAGGAUAUGAACAUCAAAGAUUCCAACAAGAAUUUCGUCUUUGUAAAACUACACUGUGAUACAUAUGUUUUCACAGUACUAUGUUCGACUCGCAACAAACAUAAAAGUGGAUCUCAUAGAGUAAAUAAAAUCUGCAAUGUAAAGUUUGCUUUAUUCUCGCAAUAUAACAAGGGGAAGCUUCAGUGCGUGAAAAGUGCUUUGGACAUUGGAAAAAUUGAUCAGUAUAUAUAGUCUUCGUUACAGGAUAAUAAUUAUACAGAAGUUUCAUUUUGAAACACUACUUUUGAUGUAGCUAGAUACGUUUUUUAUGAAUGCAUAUUAAAACGUGAACUUAUUUAUACUGUAAAAAUUUGUAUGAUAAAAACAGAACUAAAGCAGGAAAGCAAUACAUGAAAAGCAGAAUAAUGAGCACUACCAAAAAUGAAAUGCAAAUACAGGUAUCAUAUAGCUUGCUUUCGUUUGUAUGAGCAAGGAAGCAAGGAGGCACCAUGAGGCCAGCAAAAGUAUCGUGUGAAACUUCUGUAUUGAUCACUUAUUCUGUGCUUUCAUUUGCUUCACUGGUGAUCACUGUGUUUUCCUAAUACCUCCGAGAUAUCUCAGCGACGAUACGAACAUAGAAAGUAAUCUAUAUGGCGAGAAGUAUUUGCUCGACUGUGUAUAAAUAAAUUGGUAUUAGGUUUUUUUUGUAAACUGAUUGAAACGUUGUGUCCUAUGCACCACGUGUUUGAAUUUUGAGACGAUAUUUUUCAAUCGUCUACCUCGAAAGCUUUGGCCAAAAUGGAAUUUCAAGACACAUGUACUAUAUUGUAAUUAGAGAUGAAUGUAAGUUCCCGAAGUUUUCUGUAAGGUAUUAUUAUAAGGUUGUAUUAGGCAUAAUGUUGCGAUCCCUAAAGUAUGUACAUGUAAUGCCGUUUGGCAUCGGGAAACCAAAUGUAAUUAUUCAUUGUGAUGCAUUAUAAUCUGUGUAAUAUAUUGCAAUAAAACUGUCUAUGGCAAUCAUUUAAGAUUUUCUGUCGUCCGUGGAUGUACCUAUUUAGCAGGUACAUGUGGAAUUUAACAAUUGAUUCGCUGUGAUUAGCUGGCAAUUUAAUGGAACUGCUAACGUUAUUAACAUGAAGCUAAGAAAUAGUAAUGUCUUUCGUUUAUUUAAUUUUAAAUUGAUCAAAUAUCUUCUAAUUUUUAUGUUUGAUGGACACCUAAUGUGAGAAGCAUAUUAUGUAUAAGUGUAUAUAUUACCUUAUUGUUAAUCCAUAUAAAUAUGAAUUCUAUUAUUGUAUUAUUAUGAUAUUGUAAUAAUAAUAGCAACUUUUAUUACAAUUACUUCCAUAGUUAGUAGAUAGAUAUAAAAUAUUAAAAGAAGGAAAACUUUUAUAUAGCAAUCUUUUUGUAAUUUUAUUAUUUAU